AUGCCUACCUACAUUGUCACCUGCAAGGAGGAUGCCUCCGCCGACCAGGUCGCGGCUGCCAAGAAGCACGCCACCGACCAGGGAGGAAAGAUUGGCCACGAGUACAGCCUGAUCAAGGGUUUCUCCGUCGAGUUCCCCGAGGACCAGAUCUCAACUCUGGAGAGCCACGAGCACGUCAAGCACGUCGAGAAGGACCAGGAGGUCAAGACGCAAUAG